CUUAGUAUCAGAGGUGCACAAGAGGAGGAGCCUCCCGAUCCACAGCUGAUGCGUCUUGACAACAUGCUCAUCGCAGAAGGCGUCGCCGGACCGGAGAAGGGCGGUGGGUCAGCAGCGGCGGCCGCAGCAGCAGCGGCGUCUGGAGGCGGACCGGGGCAACCCGACAACGCCAUCGAGCACUCGGACUACCGAGCCAAACUAGCACAGAUCAGGCAGAUCUAUCAUACAGAGCUUGAGAAAUACGAGCAGCAGGCAUGCAACGAGUUCACAACACAUGUAAUGAAUCUCCUGAGAGAACAGAGUCGGACGCGGCCGAUCGCGCCCAAGGAGAUCGAGAGAAUGGUCAACAUCAUCCACAGAAAGUUCAACGCAAUUCAGGUUCAGCUUAAACAGAGCACGUGUGAGGCGGUCAUGAUUCUGAGGUCCAGGUUUCUAGACGCAAGGAGGAAAAGAAGGAAUUUUAGUAAACAAGCCACAGAGAUCCUAAAUGAAUAUUUUUACUCACAUUUGAGCAACCCAUACCCCAGUGAAGAGGCCAAGGAAGAACUUGCAAGGAAGUGUGCGAUAACGGUUGCACAGGUUUCAAAUUGGUUCGGCAACAAGAGAAUCCGCUAUAAGAAGAAUAUCGGCAAGGCCCAGGAAGAGGCUAAUCUAUAUGCAGCUAAGAAUGCAGCCGCCGCAGUAUCUGUAGCAACGUCACAACACGAUGGCAAUCAGAGUCAGCCUCCAUCGGCACCCAGCACACCUACAGGCAAUGGUAGUAAUCAGGGUUCAGGUGGUUACAUGUCGUCCCAGGGUCAGAUGGUGAGCCAGGAGGGGUCAUUCAUGAACCUACAGAACGGAGACAGCUACAACAUGGCCAGUCAAGUGGGAGCCAACGUUCAGUCACAGGUUGCUAGUCUACGGCAGGUCAUAUCCCAGACAGGGGGUUACGGUGGGGAACCAUUACCCCCUCACACCCAACCCCACUCUAUAUAUGACCCGAGUAUGACCCAGUAUGCCAACCAGCACGUCUCCGGCCGAGCCAGCGGGGGUGAGGUGGUGGGGGCGUCGUGACGCCGCUCCCCAGGAACGAGCGGAGAGUUGUGAUUGUUGAUUGUGCCACCGAUUCAUCCUAAAACAGUGACUGAUCGCUGCUUCACCAGAUUCUGAAUCAAAAAAGAUGGCCUCCCUCCAUGUUUAAACUGAUUUUGAAUAGAUGAAAUAUACACGUAGACAUUCUUCUUUCUCAAGUGAGAAGAUAGCGGACUUUUCGUCAAGAAUCAAUUAUAGUUUUCCUUAUGUGCCAUGUUUGUAUUAUCGCAAUGUCUGACCAACUGUUCUCACAAGACUGUUCUUCUCUGCGAAGUCUGCUUUUGUUCUGCGCAACAAACAUUUUCAAGUCUUCAUUGCUCUCUUAAUGUGGACCUCUGUGCUUCUUGAUAUAUCGCGCCGGAGAGAUUCUCUAGAAACUGAAUUGUGCCGCCAGUGGGAGUUCAAAAGACCAUUAAAUGUAUGGUGGUCAUAUGAAAUAGCAUUGUUUACAUGGCGGACUUGAUUCUAAAAUCUGGUCAAUCUUAGGCGCCACCCGCCACCUCCCCUGAGGACUUCAAAAAUAUGUGGAGAUAUACAGCGAAGAGGCCUUCUCGCCAGAUCAGAUACUUGAUUUUGCCGUUGAGUAUAUAUUAUUCUUCUUACUGGUAGGGAAGGCAAAGAUAACGGUAGCCUGUUUUGAUUUCAUAGCUCUUUCAUGAGAGUUAAUGGUUUCUAUACACAAGAAUUGUCCCAAAACAGAAGUAUGCCUUUAUUUCCUGAAACUAUUUUGCCAAACAAUGAAAUACACCUUCUGCUGGCUGUAUUAGAUAUUUACGCAAACUUGUCUGUUUUGCCAAAUCGUUUUAUACAAGGAAUUAUUUAUGUAAAAAUGAGUUGAAUAAGACAUUGGGAGAAAAGGGGGGUAUGAAUUACCUGUUGCAUACUGCCUACCAAACAAAAUAAUCUGUGGUUUAAAUGUUUAACGACCUUUGUUUUGACUGAAGCGGAGUUCAUUUGUAUGAAAAAGCCAAGUUUUAGACUAACGACGCACUUUCAUGGAGGUUUGGGUAAAGAUUUGUUAACACUUCAUCAUUUCAGGGUUAUUUGAAGAAGAAAGAAACUCAACAACCCAAAACAUGUCAGUCACGCUCAGCGGAACAAUUGUUCAAAGGGAAAAAGCUCUCUGUUUUAAAUUAUAACCCAAACAAAAGAGCGGGAAAAUGAAUUUGGUCAAACACAAUCGUCUGUUUGUUCCUAGUGUUCAGGAGUUUCAAAAUGAACACUUUACAAGUUAAUGCUCCUUGCUAAAUGGAAUAGUAGUUCCAGAAUUCUAAGAGAUUAUUUGAAGACCUGAAUCCAAACUUAAUUGUUAUCUUCCAAGAUGGAAGGAUGUUGUAUCCGUGUAACCCCCAUCACUCUAAUGUUUACCGUAUAGAGUUUUCUGUGUGUGUGUGCGUUUGUACGUGUGUUUUUACAAGUAUUUCAGACACGAUGACAUGGCUUUUUUAUUUGGGUUUUUUGGUGGAGUGGUGUAUUCAUUGUCACACAUACGUAUUCCAUCUGUUUUUCAGCUUAUUUUUAUUCUUAAAACAACGUGCCAUUAUUUUUUAAGUGUUUGAUACUCUUGUAUAUAUUGAAAAUUGACUAGAAAGGGAAAAAAGCGUCUUCAAGUAAUGCGUGCAUGUAAAACAGUGUAGGCAUUUUGCUUUUUAAUUUUUCAAGACUGGCUGUUUGCCUCAUUUCAGUUUUGAUAAAACCACAUAGUUACUUGAUAAGUUGCUUAUUGUCGAGACCAACCAAUAUGUCAUCUCUUAAUUUGUAAAUAUGAAAAUUAACAACAGUAACAUUGCCUUUCAGAUCUGGUUUGUCAACAUUUUUUUUUUUUUUUUUUUGAAAUGCAGUACAAUACUAAGCCGAGAGAAAUAUUAAGUGUGUAUUAUGGUUUUAUUUGAUUUUAUUUUUAAAUUUUUGUUUGUAUUUUUUAGGGGGUUCUAACUGCCAAUGAUUUUUGGCUGUUGCUUCCAAAAUGCACCAUUAUUGGACAAUAUAUUCACAUCCCGCAAUGCAUUUUCUGCCCUUAAAAAAAAAAAAAAAAAAUGUUUAGUUUGUGGAAUUUCUGAAAGUAAAUCACAAUUAUGAUCAAGGUUUUUGAACAGGGGCUCUUUUAUCAUAUCAAAGUCACUCUGUUGAUUUCUUGCAACAGCUGCAAAACAUUAAACCAAGUGAAGGUCAUAUGGCAUCAUUUACAUCUUCCUUGUCUCAUUACGACAAUUUGACUCGCUAAUUGAGUGCACAUAAACGAGAUUAAAAAAACAUAUCUGUUACAGCGUGUGACACACAUCGUUUAUCAAUGAAUGUGCCAUUUUUAACUAAUUAGCGUCUACUACCAAACUUGAUUCAUUGAAUCCAAUUAACCCAGAAGUGUUUUGUCUUUUUUUUUUUCAGAAACAAAAAAGUCAAGUAUUUAUAGGUUGAAAUGAAUUACUGGCGAUAGAUUAGACUUGAGUGCGAAACCUCAAUCAAACCAUGUAAACAGUUUGAAGGGUUCUCAUUUUAACUAUCACAUCAAGUUUUGUCAUUUUAAGCGAGCAGUAUUGGUGAUAGUUGUGAACGACUGUGUUUUAGCAUUGGUUCACAUCUUACCAGCCGAAAUCGAUUUUCAAACCAUUGUGGGAUAAAUGAAAUGAGAAUGCACUAUUGGAUCUUGAAACAAUCAAUUCACUAUAUGAACAUUUGUUACAAAGAACUCUUCUACAAACAAAAGCUGGGUUCUUUGACAGAAAAGAAAUGUAGUUUAAAGACAAAAAGUGUAUUUAUCAGCUAUGAAAUUGAAACUAUUGUUAAAUUUACAAAAAAAACCAAUGGCAUAUUUUUCCUAAACAAUAUCCUGUGUGAAGCUGUACUUUACACAAAUGCAGCUAAAAUAGUGAACAAUUAUUUAUUCUCUACAUAUUCCAAACUGUUUUGGGUUUCCAAUAUACAUAUUAACGUAGCCAGUCAUAACGAGAGCCACUACGCAAAAGGCUACGCUAUUUAUUGUCUGAAGAUUUUAAAUGUUUUAAAAAAAUGCCAAUGAAAUUAACCUUUGUUUUCUAGCUGGAAUUUUUUUAAAGUGACUUGUACAUUGUUGGGUUUUCUUUUUAAAACAGUUGUAAGUUUUAUUAAGAAAAAGGAAGAAGCAGUGAGUUUUGCAUGCAGGCAUGCCGUUGCUUUGGUCACAGUAAAUGACAAGUUUUUUUUUAUGGUCCUUGCAAAUAACUUCAACAAUUGCCAAAGUUCAUCUUCUGUACCUUUUCGCCUUGUUAAUCUCAGACCUCUAUAAGAAAAAAAGAUCCCGUUUUUUGUUUUCUUUUCUUUAAAAUCUAGAUUGUAAUAUUAACUUAACAGAAUGGAAGUAGAGAAUCUUGGGGGAUAAUGAUCAUAGUAAAGACACGUUGCGUUAAUCUACUUUGCAUCAUGAUGGUUUGAAUGUUAUUUGUUGUUGCCAAACCAUUUGCGACUGAGAAUGCUAGAAAUGGAUCACUUGAUUCAGUAGCCUUUGCUGAGGUCAAACAAUGGUUUGCACCACAGCCAGUAAUAGGUCAUCCUUUGACCUCAAUGAGGCCAGAGCUAGAAAUGUGAAACAAGCUACAUAUUCUGAGGGGAAAAUAAAUUGUGCCACAUGUAUUUAGCUUCAUGAACAGACAUGAGGACACAUCAUUUUGCAGUUAAGUUCGCGGAAAAUUGUUUGCUUUUCAUGCAUCAUUUGUUUUAUGCAAUUACAGCCACUUCCUUAAAUAUGCGGUUUACACUGAAAUACAAUUUUUUAUGUAGAAUUCUAGGCGAGCUCUGAUUGGACAGGAGUUGUAGAUUGACUUGUUGAUUGGUGUAUUCUUCCCUUUUAAAAAUGUGUUUGGGAUCCCAAUGGAGCUCGUCGGGAUUCUCGACAAAACAACAGGAUCCCGACCACAUUUUUUAAGGGUUUAACAUGAAAAAUUCAAUUAUUUAUUACAGCGAUAAAAAAAAUACAUCAAAUCAUGUUUGGCUCAAUUCCAAUUAACCAUCGGUGGUGUAUGUGAUAAACAAGUAACCUGAUAUGUAAACAAUGCAUUUUUUUAAUGAAUGAAGAUUUGUCAUUAGUUCCUUUGUUACUAGCAGACGUUGAUAUAAUACCUAUUCAGUUUUCUAUGAUGUAUUGAACAAUGCAAGAGGAGGUUACUGUGUCACUUGAAUAAUACCUGAUUGUGCACUGAGGUAUAAAAUAUGAGCCCAAGUCACAAUGGAGAAUUGUUGUUAGAUCCGGGUUGAACAGCCACACAUUGUUCAUUUUAUCCCUCGUAUAAAAUCCCGCUUUCCCCCCACAGUGGAACAAAGUCAGACAUAAAUUUGAGUUUAAUGUACCUUCUGAAAGUAGACCCUGAAGUUCUGCAUUGUGAAAGAUUUCCAUGUAUAUGCUGUUUUAAUUUGCCAAAACAGGGUAGAAACCUUGCGUUGAAAAUUGUUUAAAAUGCUGUUUUUAAGUUUCAUGUGGCAUGAGAUGAAUUUGAUGUUUGACUGUACACUUUAAGUCAAUAGAUUGCACAUGACGUUAUUGACAACUAUCUUUGAUGAAAUGUGCACGCGUGCAAGGCUAUCAUUGACUGAGACUUAUGCGCAUUGCGAGCACACGCGCGUACUUUUCCCAUUGGAUAUCAUCAAAUAUGGCAAUCAAUGACGCUACGUGCAAUCCAUCUAUCUAUAUCAGCUUUGGUCUAUCAAUGGACUAUCACUGUAUGUUUUUUACCAUUGUGAUGUCAUCUGUGAUACCUUAGCUAAACCAUAGAGAUAUAUAUAAGAACUAGAGGGCGCACUGGCCUAUGUAAGCAGCCCAGCAUGCGCGCAUGCGGCCAUUUUGUAAGUUGACAAAACAGCAUCACACAGCGUGUUUGUGUGGCCAUUUUGUAAGUUGACAAAACAGCAUUGCGUAGCGUUCAAUGAACACAAACUCCCACGAGUACUUCAUAAUCAAGGCGCGUACAGAAUGGCGCGCGUGUCUUGUGCAAGCAGCAUCAGCAGUGCGCCCUCUAGUUCUUAUAUAUAACUAUAUGAGCUAAACUCAGUUGGUCUCUUAAAAACUUUUCCCACACUCCUUGAAGUACAUUAUUGUAUGCCAGUUUUAUUCAUUCGUUCAUUCGGUUUAUCGUUUCAUUGAUUGUUUUAUAUUUGGAAAUUUUUACCGAUAAACAUUUUACUUUUUAUGAACAUAUUUUUGCUUGAAUGAUUUCAUAAAGCUAUUGUAGUCUAGUUCAAUAUUCAUCUAAUCUUGGAAAACAUUAUUUGUUCUUUGCCAAAGAAAGACGUGUCAUACUCAGAUUUUACUUCGGUUUUCUAUUUUUCCUCUUUUUUUUUUUUAAAACCUGUAUCAUCCUCCAUCUGAAGACAAGAAAAUGUAAUUGCGUUGAAACAAUGUGGAUAAACCUAGGAAUCUGUUGCUUCUUUCUUGCCCCUCCUGUUUUCAUGUUUUAUUUUUCUAUCAGUAUUUUAAUGAAGUGUUUUUUCUGGGUUUUUAUUUUUAAGUAGCCUUAAGUAUGAGUUUGCUGGUGGAACCAUGCCAUAGUCUUAUUUGGUGUGGAAAAUGCAUUGAAGGGCAGUUUUCUAUAUGUUUGCAAUUAUCCAGUGCCAAUGGGUGGUGUUUUUAUGAUUUUUUAAGUUGACUGUCGGGGGAUCUCAACGCCGAACGUGAUAAGGUUUUAAAAAGUCACAUAAACAAAUGGGUGGUUUUAAAGUAUUGGAAAGACGCUUGCUUUGUCUGUAACCAAUGGGAGUCAUGUUGACACUUGGUGGCAGCAGACAUACUGGUUAAUUUUCAGAGACUUUUUUCUCAAAUACCCAUUGCGCAAGCGUGUGUACGGGGUAUUUGUGAUAAGGUCUAAUGGUUCGUCAUAGGCCCUUUUGAAAACCAUGGCUUGGGCUCUGACUUUGGCUCUGGCUUUGGCUUUGGCUUUGUCUCCUUCAGAUAGAGAGAUGGGGUUGAUGGCUAGCUGAAGAUUUGGCUCAAAAAAGUUCCCAAAAGGGCUUGCGAAAACAAUGGAAAACUACCCAGUAUGUUGACUGCCAUAAAAAUACUUGGCGCGUCUCCCGAUAAAUACGGCAGUUAUUGCAAGACGAGUUGCAAGUCAUUUUUGUUUUCCACUGUAUCACUAAGAUUCAUAGACUAAUAUUCCAGGCUACAUGUGUUCACUUAAAAGAUGAAGAAAGAUAUUUUUUCUUGAACUUCUGUAUAAAUAGUUUUUUUUUUAAUUGAUGGGUGCUAUGCACGUGUAAUUAAUCAGAGUGUAAUGUAGAAAUUUAAGGCCAUAAUUUUCAGUUAAUUUAGAACUUAAAAAUUACAAAAAAAAAUUACAUAAACCUCACUUUAAAAUGUGAAUUUUUUGUACAUUGUACAGUCAUUGUAGAACAGUCAUUACUGGAGAUUUAAAAAAAAAAAAAGUUCAGAGUGGAAGGGUUAAAGUUCAUACGUAGGUCAUAGGUCAUGGAAAUUUAAAAUCACUUUGUACAUAGUUAUAACAUUAAUAAUAAUAAUCAAAAUGAUGCCUUAACCCUUGCACUCUGUCUUUGUAGUUUUAGAAAAGCAAGAAACUGUUGCUUGUACUGUCACCGAGGUUGCUAAGAUUGUUUUUAUAAGAAUAAUCCAUGUAUUCAGUGUUUCCUUUAAACAAAAAAUGAUACCUCACUGUACAGGCAACACUUUCUGAACGAUAUUUAGUUUAACUGUACAUUCAUAUGUACUGGUUUUAACAUUAUAGCCUAGCAUAUUGAACUGUUGAGAGAUAACACAGAUGAUUAAACUGUAGUAACACCCCCAUGGUGUAAAUAAUACACUUUUACAAAUUCAAGAUACACUUCACAGUGCUGAAAAAACCAAGUUCAGUGUGUUUCUAAUACACCUUUUGUUUAAUCGGUAGUAACACCUCAGUGUUUAUAAUACACUUUCAUAGUGGUAAGAAUACACAGUGUUUAUAGUACACUGCGUAGUGUUAAUAAUACAAUGCAUAGUGUUAACAAUACACUGUGUAGUGUUUACAAUACACUGCGUAGUGUUUAUAAUACACUGCGUAAUGUUUACAAUACACUGCAUAGUGUUUAUAAUACACUGCGUAAUGUUAACAAUACACUGCGUAGUAUUUACAAUACACUGAGUAGUGUUUAUAAUACACUGCGUAGUGUUUACAAUACAUUGCGAAGUGUUUACAAUACACUGUGUAGUGUUUACAAUACACUUCAUGGUGUUUCACACUUCUUGGUGUUAAAGAUGAGUUACAGCCUUGGUAUUUUCAAAAGUAAAUCACGAGUGUUGUGGAAGAUUCAUCAAGAGCUGAAAUGGUCAGUCUACAAGAAAAUUUGAAGCUGUAUCUCACCAUUAACCGUAGCUUUCAGUGUUAAUAAAACACUAUAUGGUGUUAACAAUCACUUCAUAGUGUAAAAAAGAUACUACAAGGUGUUAAUUCUACCCUUUUUAGUGUUUAUUUUACACUUCAUGGUGUGUACAAUUCACUUCAUGGUGUUAUCUGAUCUAGGCUUGAUGUGACAGCCUUAACUACUGUAAAUCUCUCUUAUUAUUACCGUUGUCUUUGAGUUUGAGAAGACCACCGUACGUACCCUACAACACAAAAGAUGGUUUGUAAUAAAUACAUUGGUGGAAAAUGAA